GCCACCUAGUGAGCCUGAGUCCUGCCUUGCUUCUUCUAGGGCGAAAUCCUCUCGUGAAACUCACCGGUUCCAGCUGAAGCUCUCUGCCCGCGGCGUGGCCCCUGCGUGCCAUGUGGCAGCUCCUGCUGGCCCUCGUGAGCCUGUACUACCUUGUGCGCUGGCUCCGGGAGCGCCAGGUGGUGAGCAACCUCAGCGACAAGUAUGUCCUCAUCACGGGCUGUGACUCGGGCUUCGGGCACCUGCUGGCCCGGCAGCUGGACCGGCGGGGCCUGAGGGUGCUGGCUGCCUGCCUGACGGAGCGGGGGGCACACGAGCUGAAGGAGCAGGUGUCACAAAGGCUGGAGACCGUGAUCCUGGACUUGACCAACUCUGAGAGCAUCGCUGCGGCUGUCCAGUGGGCGAAGGAGCACACGGGGACCCGAGGACUCUGGGGCCUGGUCAAUAACGCUGGCACUGCUGUGCCAUCAGCACCGAAUGAGUGGCUGACCAAAGAGGACUUCAUGAAGGUCCUGGACGUGAACCUGCUGGGGUUGAUCGAGGUGACCCUGGGCCUGCUGCCCCUGGUGAGGAAGGCGAGGGGCCGCAUCGUCAAUGUGUCUAGUAUCGGAGGCCGACUGUCCCUCUUUGGUGGCGGCUACUGCAUCUCCAAGUUUGGCCUCGAGGCCUUCUCGGACUCCCUCAGGAGGGAGCUCUCCUUCUCCGGGGUGAAGGUGGCCAUCAUCGAGCCGGGCCACUUCAAGACCGAAAUGGCCAAUAUUAAGCUCAUGUCUCAGAGCGCCCGAGAUGCGUGGGAUCAGGCCAGCCCCGAGGUCAAGGAGUUCUACGGCGAAACCUUUCUGAUGUCCCACCUCAGAAAAGUUGAAAGUCUGCCAUCAAAGUUGAGUGCGGAUCUGUCCCUGGCGACAGACUGCAUGGAGCACGCGCUGACCGCCCGCCACCCCCGCACCCGCUACUCGGCCGGCUGGGACAUUCUCCUGUGUGAGACACAGUCGGACAUGACAGACAACCAGAGCAAAUCAGCACAGCGGACCCCGGGCGGCCUCGGGUUGGGGGUCUGA